AUGUGCGCCGUAGGCAAGAGGCGAGGAGGCAGCCGAAAUGCCUCGUUUGAGGAGUUAAUGGAGGCUACGCCUGGACCGCUGAGUGUUCCUGUGUGGAAAGCAAGCAAGCAGUCGUCUAAGGAAGCAGGUGGAAGAAGCCUCAACGAUGACGAUGGGGAGAUUUAUGCAGUCUGGAGCUCGCCUCUUUCCUCCCAGUUUCCCUCCAAACGGUUUUCGUGUGGGAAGCACCUCUCAGCAGCAUUGGCAGAGUGA